AUUCAUCAGUACGACGAAACAUUGAUCACAUAUCAAAUGUGAUGAUUACAGUCAGCCGCUAAAUGCAUGAUGGAGCGCAUUGUCAGAAGAUCGGAGCUUCGGUCUGAUGAUGAAGGAUCACAUCUGUCGUCUGAGCAAGAUCUACCUCCCACCAGUACCAGAUCGCAACCUGCUUUUGAAUUCAUUAAGCAUGAUAUUCGACCAGACGAUGUGAGCCAUCAAGGCCCAAAUGCUGCCGAUGAUGAAGAGGAACUUGAGUUCUGCCUGUUCGCACCAUCAGCCGACAUUUCAGGACCGGAAGAGAAAUCAUUGCCGGUAGCGAAAAUUCGACUCCAGUCUCCUGCGGCACAGGACGCAACACCGGGCUUCACGCGGGCACAACGUGACCAAAGUUAUUACCUCACUCAAGCGCCUACCGCAGACAAACAACAAGGUUUCGAAAUAUCAGCCUUCACAGGCGAUCAGAUCAUUGCUCAGUCGAAGAUCCCUUGGACCGGGUCGGCUUAUGCAUGGAGAGUCAUUCGCCUUCCUUGCACGCGCAAGCAAAGGCUGGUUUUGGCAGAACCAAAUGCCGUUUACGAGAAGCUACUAGGCGCAGCAGCGCCCGCGACACGUAAGCGCAAAGGCAAAGCUGCGCGGAUCAAGGUCCGCAAGCAGAUCGCCGACCGCAACAUGAAAGAAGAACAGAAACGGAAGGUAGCCGAAGAAAACGAUGCCAUGGACCGCGAGAAACGCACGCGACGUAACAGAGAGAAGAAAGUCAAGAAAAAGCUUCGAGAGAAGGCCAAGAAACAGUCAAGCGCCGGCGAGGCUGCGCAGGAAUCUGACGUCUCGGAUUGAUUCGACACAAAUUUCUCGGAUCUGUCAUCAUGCCAUGCUCCCAAUGUCCACAGCAGAUUGCAAGACUUGAGUGAUAAGUCACCCAGAAUUGCAAA